AUGUUGCUUGAACUGAGGGAGUAAGGCUUUUCUCCCAAACGCAAUCGUUGUUAUUCCUUCCAGCGUGACUCUCGUUUUAUUUAGCGAUACCGAACUAUGAAAAAUAUGACUUUCCGACGACGUGUAAUGAAGCUGAACUCAAACGAACCGGACAGCGGAUCCUUGUGUCAUGACAGUGGAGAUAUCUACUUUCUGUCCUCCAAAUCGGACAGCUGUGGGACUGUGGAUCGUGGACCCUCAAAGUCUGAGGUUUACAAUUAUAAAACCCUCGCUUACUCUGGAGGGACCUUACCGAGGAACUUUAAGAAGCAGAACGGAGGGCUGCAGAAAUGGAAGCCCCUCACUCAGUCACCAGAACUGCAAAGGAAAAUCGUGAUUCUGGAGAAAAAAGAGGAAGAGGCUUUUGGCUUUGAGAUCCAGACAUACGGGCUGCAUAACCAGAGUGAGAACUCAGUGGAGAUGUGCACCUUUGUUUGCAAAGUCCACAAAGACAGUCCUGCCCAGCUCGCAGGCCUAAAAGUUGGGGACACAAUUUCCAGUGUAAACGACACUCCAGUGGAAGGGUUUCGCCAUAAACAAUUCGUUGAACUCAUUAAAUCAUCAGGCAACAAUAUUAAGUUAGAAACUGUGUAUAAUGACUCUAUAAGAAAAGCGGAAUUGGAAGCCCGACUCCAGUAUCUAAAACAAACCCUUCAUGAGAAAUGGGAUGAAUACAGAUCUCUAAUGGUGCAAGAGCAGAGACUUGUACAUGGCAUCGUCAUGAGUGACGUGGCAGUGUACGAGUCUCUGGAGUCUGCCGGUGUGUAUGGCAGUCUGGGCGCUCCGAGUCCUGCGGCCCUGCGUGCAUUAUGCGGCACAGGCAGCACAAGCAGCAGCAUCAGCCAUCUGAGUGCCGCCACGACUGAAGACGACCCGUUCUAUCAGACCUGCAUCUUCCAGGGUGACCGCAUCAACAACGGCAGCAACAGUGCCAGCAAUGAUGAGCUAGAAGCAGAUCAAGAGAAGAGUCAAGGUGGUCAUCAACAGCUCAUCCGUCCCGCCAGUGAGCUUUUUGCUUCAGCUAAGACCACGCUGACUCGUAGUUCCAGUACGCGCAGCUAUCUGAGGGGCCCCGCGACAUCGUCGUCUUCAAUGCCGAACGGAGAGAAGCAGCAGUCUGGUGGAUUUAGCACACUGCAAAGUAAACCCAAACAGAUGAGCUUUAGACGAAAACUGUUGAAGUACAUUCCUGGACUAAAUCGACCCCUGGAGGAAGAGGAAAGCAAGCUCUGAGAGAACGGAGAUUCAGAGACUCAUUUACCCAAUGACUAGAAAUGUAUCCAAAACCAUACAAAUUUAAGACCAAAAUUGGAGGCCUAGAUAAACCAAAGAAUCCAGUGACAUCAAAGCGAGACUCGCAUAAGAUAAAUCAGGCUUUAAAUCAACAAUAGUGUUUGUUUUCUUUUUUUUGUUAGUUUGUUUUUGUAAAAGAAUCCAGUGACAUCAAAGUAAUACUCUGCAAAAGAUGAAUCAGGCGUUAAGUCAAUAAUAGUGUUUUUCUGGGUUUUAGUUUUUUGUGAAAGAAUCCAGUGAUAUCAAAGUGAUACUCCCAAGAUGAAUCGGUUUAAAGUCAAUAAUGUAGUGUUUUGUAUUUUUAUUACAUUUUUUCCCCAUUCAACCCAGAUUAGAUCAUGUCCAUCUUGGAAUCAAUGUUAAUUUGCAGGAGUGUUCAAUUCUAGAAAUUGGCUUGGAGAAAUGUUGAAAAAAGUGUCUAUGGCUUUGAAGUUUUCUUGUGUCAUUCAGUUCUAACGUUCAGUUUGGUUGGAAUUUUAAGUUCUUGCUUUUGAAAUACAAAUACAAAACACACAAUCAAAAGAUGUCCUGAAAUAUUUGGUAUAAUAUUAUUUUAUAUUAUGUAUACGCUUCAAGUUUGUCUAAAAUAAUGAGAGAUUGUUUAAAAUAUUAUAAAUAAUAUAACCAUUAUUGACAAACAAAUUGUCUUUAAUGCCACUGGGGACAAAAAAAACAACAAUCAAUGUGUCUUAAUAUCUUCAUUCCACAAACAUUUGUUAACAUUGUCUAACAAAUGUAUUUCCUUGUGCACUGUUUGCAUAAAACAAGUUAAUGUUUGUAAAUGUGUUUAGUCAUGUUUAAAUUAUUUAUUUAAUUUGUUUUCUCUGUUUUUGUGAAGUACUGUUUUUUAUUUUUCCAUUAUUUGUUAAGAUGUACAAAAUGAAGGAUUUUUUUAUUUGAUCGUUUAUAUGUGAAAUUAGUAAAUAAUUUGGUCCCGAAGGAUAUUUAAUGAGUGCCUAUUUGGCAUGUCUGCAUAAGUUACUUUUCUAUUUUUGGAAAUAUAGACUGAAAAUAAAAGGAUGUUAUUUGUUUUUCCUCAUUUGUUUUUGUUCUUUGUUGAAUUUUAUACUACUGCCGUUCAGGUUGCCUGUACAGAAGGGCACCUCACACUAAAUUCCCUGACAUUGAAGCAUAAGUGCUCUUAU